AUGUGGGUAGUCCGCAAGCUGAGCUCCAGCGGGAGCCGUUCUUUCGGAGUGUUUAAGUCCAGGUGCCGGGGUGCACAGGCCCCCUCUUCUCGCUUAGCCCCGUCAGCGGAGAAUCAGCUCAGUUGUACUCUACAAAUUAAACCAUGGGUUUUUAGUAAAUACAGGAUCAUGUGGUUCAAAUCCUAUAGAAUGACUUUUGCCUGCUUGAAUACAAUGAAAAGUUACAGAUACCCUUGGACAAGACUGUACAGUACUUCUCGAACUACUGUAGACAGCAAUGAGAUGAAAACCUUCCUGGCCCUGGCUCACAAGUGGUGGGAUGAGCAAGGAGUAUAUGCACCUCUUCAUUCUAUGAAUGACCUAAGGGUGCCAUUUAUUAGAGACAAUCUUUUAAAAACAAUUGCUAAUCACCAGCCAGGAAAACCUUUGUCUGGGCUGAAGAUUCUUGAUGUUGGCUGUGGUGGUGGAUUGUUAACUGAACCUCUAGGGCGGCUAGGGGCGUCCGUUCUUGGAAUUGAUCCUGUGGAUGAGAACAUUAAGACAGCACAGCGCCAUAAAUCAUUUGAUCCAGUUCUGGAUCAGAGGGUAGAAUACAGAGCGUGUUCCCUGGAAGAGAUUGUGGAAGAGACUGCAGAAACAUUUGAUGCUGUCGUAGCUUCUGAAGUUGUAGAGCAUGUGCUGGACCUAGAAACAUUUAUACAGUGCUGCUAUCAAGUGUUAAAACCUGGUGGUUCUUUAUUUAUUACUACAAUCAACAAAACACAGCUAUCCUAUGCCUUGGGAAUUGUUUUUUCAGAGCAAAUUGCAGGUAUUGUACCAAAAGGUACUCAUACGUGGGAGAAGUUUGUUUCACCUGAAAAGCUAGAGAGCAUUCUGGAACCAAAUGGUCUCUCAGUUCAAACUGUGGCAGGAAUGAUCUACAACCCCUUCUCAGGCCAUUGGCAUUGGAGUGGAAAUACCAGCCUUAACUAUGCUGCUCACGCUGUGAAGCAGGAGCACCCGGUGCCCUCUGAGCUUCUUUUAAAGGGGGAUGCAGAAAAGCUCUGA